GAAUAGCUUGUGACCAAAGCAGUGACCUACAAAUCGGACCAUUAAAUAUUGAUUUUUCAAAUCACACACUCCUCAAAAGCACCCACUAAUUCCUAGAAAUCCAAGAUUAAAAAUCGAAAUUGAAAGCAAGAUUCAAGAUUGAAACUUGUUGAGGAUUGAUUGAUUAUUACAAUGGUGCUGUGGGAAAUAGCAUUAGCAACUGCUUAUUUUUUGGGCCUAAAACCAACUUAUAAGCUCGCCCUCAAGAUUCAGGGUCGGCUCAUUCCUCUCGAACACCCCAGGACCCGUCAAUUUGUUUACAGGCGAACUCGGGCUGUAUUCGAUAUGGCAGUAAGAAUCCACAAGCAUAUCCAAGAAAGAGACAUCGAAGUUGGGCGGAACUUAGGAAAUUGGAUCCUCCGAUGGCUUGACAACGCAAAACCAUCAGCUGAGAUUCGUGGUCCCCAGCUACUGCAUAAUACAAUUGUGACAAAACAAUUAACCAAUGUGUUGCACAAGAAGACUCCUAGUCCUGCACUCCGCACAAUAUGUAGUUUGAAGAACGGGUUUAGAGAGUCGGGUAAGCAUCUAUUUAGCUCCACGAGAACCAUGUGGCGUAACCGCUUUCCUCCUAUUACAAUGAUGAUGCCAGGAAUUAACAACCAGUACAGAAAUAUGUCCAUCUAUGGUCCUCAAGUAUUCACAUCAAAGUAUGUAAGCUUUGGAUCAGAGGGGGUUGUCAGGAAGGACAUAGUGGAGUGGUUGGUCCGCAAUUAAGAAAUGUAAUACCUCUAUUUCCUUUUUGGAGUAGGAUUGCAAUACUCUAGCUAACAAGGAAGUGUCAUGACAAAUGCAGUAGCUGCUAAACAGUGAUGGUCAGUAUACGUUGUCUGUAGUGCCUCUAUAUUUUCUUUCACCCUUGACGGCCAUUUUACAGUCAACCUUUGAUAUAUUAACUGACUGACACUUGUAAGCCAACAGAAUUGCUUUAUAUGUAUCUUCUGGUAGAUUUAUAGAACUUUGUAUCUGCCAUGACACAUACAUGUUCUGCUUGGCAGUCUGAACCCCGGAAUAAUGAGAAUAAUGUCUGUACAAUUUCAUUUGCA